AUGCUGCUUAAGCUUUGCAAUAGUUCCGAAGGCGUAUUCCGCAGCGAAUUUCGCAAGCAGUUGUUGGCGACCUUGAGUGUUACCAUUAUCACCUAUUGCAACGGCAUCAGCCUUGGUUGGUUCGCGCCCAUGGUAACUAAAAUACAGUCGCCAAUCGAAACGCCACAUGACUUUAGCGCAUCCGUGGAGGAGGGUUCCUGGUUGGGUGCCGUGGUAUGCGCUGGUGGCGUUACUGGCAACAUAGUUUACGGUCUGCUUUUGGAUCUCAUCGGGCGUAAGCUGUGCAUAUAUUUACUUGCCGUACCACAUAUAUGCUUUUGGAUACUAGUCUAUUUUGCGCCAAGCAUUGAAUAUCUCUAUGCCGCGCGCUUCGCCUCUGGCAUGACUGGUGGCGGCACAUGGGUGGUCAUUCCCAUCUAUAUCGGAGAAAUCGCCGAUCCAAGCAUACGCGGUCGCCUCACUUCACUAUUUACGCUCACGCUCAACGCCGGCAUGCUUACCGGCUACAUACUAGCCUCUUAUGUACCCUAUCAUUGGAUACCAAUCGUGGUAUUACCAUUGCCGGUGCUAUUUCUUCUAAUCGAAUUCUACUUGCCCGAAACGCCAUCAUACCUUUUGCGUUGCGAGCAGGAAGCGCUUGCGGAGAAUUCACUAAAAUUCUAUAUGAAUUACAAAGCUUCAGCUAAGCUUGAAAUCGAGCAAUUCAACAUGAAAUUUGCCGAGUUGAAAAACGUGAUGAAGAAGCAAAACACGCAAGCGAAUGCGGUCACAAUACGCGACUUCUUCACCAAACGCGCGCUUAAAUCUAUAAGCAUUGGCAUCACAUUGAUGUUUAUCUACACUUUCAGCGGCACCUUUGCCCUGCUCAGUUACAUGUCGAGCAUAUUUGCGGCAAUCAAAACAGAUGUACAUCCCGAUACGAAUACUGUCAUCGUUGGUGUGGUGCAAAUUGUCGGCGCAUAUAUGGCCAUUAGCUUGGUGGAUCGUUAUGGCCGCAAAAUUUUACUCAUGACCUCCACAGCGGCCGUGGGUAUUUGUCUGUCCUCUUUCGGCAUGUAUGCUUACUUAGCUGAGAAAACUAGCGUAGAUCUAACGGCGUAUCGCACAUGGCUACCAGUCAUGCUUGUGGCGCUUAUUAUACUCACUGCCAAUAUGGGUCUCCUACCUGUGCCUCCGGUUGUGAUGGUGGAGGUACAGCAAGCAAAGAUCCGUUCAAAGGCUGUAUCCUUCUGUGUGACAAUAUCGAGCGCUUUAGGCUUUGUCAUGUUGAAAAUCUUCCUGCCAUUUCUGCAUGCUUAUGGCUUAGCGGCAACAAUGUGGGCUUGCGCGUCAUUUGCUGCUUUUGGACUACUCUAUGUAACUCUAUUCGUGCCAGAGACUAAGGGAAAGUCCAUGAAUACAGACGAGGAGAAGUAA